AUGACUAGCCUGUCAACCAACUUUGUCACUGUUUUCCCAUCAGAAAUAUCAGGUCAUGUAUUUUCCUUCCUUCCGCAACACGAUCGAAUCGAGUAUGCAAGGGUGUGCCGAUUAUGGCGAGAGGGGAUUUUAUUGCAUCGUUGGGAUCCACAUACAUGGUGUUCCUAUGACCUUUUAUUGUACUCUCUUCAUCAAGACCUUGUAUUCUUUGCAAAAGUUGCACCAUACAUUGAGGAGCUCCACGCCUUUGAUCGCACCUAUGAUGAUGAUGAUGAAAAAGCAGUACACGUGGACAUGGAUCAUCUUGCCAUGUUAACAUCCAUAACACUACCCAAGCUUCGAGUCCUUGACUAUGUCUGCUUUGGUUUACAUCGGAACGUGUUGACGCGAUUACUUGGUCACGUGGGCGCACAACUCGAACGACUCGAGAUUAAAAUCGAGUACGAAUCCAAUACCUAUUGGCCACCAUGCAUCCAUGAGAUCCUCCAGCACUGCCCACAACUCCAACACCUUACAUACAAUGCUGACUUUUCAAAUGACAUUAUGAUUCAAGAUUUCGAAGCAGCAGACGACGAACCACAGCAUCAGCAGCGAGCCAAGUACCCAUUGUUGCAAACAUUACAACUUGAACGUGAAGAUUUUCAAACGUCCAAGCUAUUACCUUUUCUACGCGCAUGUCCACACCUACGUCGUUUACAUUUAAGCUCUGCAUUGGUAUGCAACGUAGAUCUAUUAUUAGUGUUCGACACGUGUCCAGCAUUACAAUCAUUAGAGAUCGACGUCAAGCAUGAUACGCGAGAGAUGGAUAAACUUUAUUGGUGGAAAGCAGCUUGGACACACCAUCCUUUGCAUGAUGGUAAUGUAGCAUCACACGGCUUGUCGCAUUUGAUUGUAACCAACUUAUGCCGCACGCAUCAACUCUACGCUCUCAAUACCAUUGUGAAUCAACAUUACCAGACACUGAAGCAUAUAGAGGUGGCCAUUUCAAAUGACCUUGACACCCAUCAUACUGGAAGCAAACAUGAAGCCAUUUGCAAUGCACCACCUCAUCUUGAAAAGUUGGAUUAUCAUUUUGGUCGACAUCAAUACAUGGAUGAUGAUUUGGAGUUUCUGAUUCGUCCACACCUUGAACAAUGCCUACAGCUGACAUGGGUCUCUAUCAAGGCUGAUACUGGCAACCAUCAUCAUCCAAUUUUACCACGAUGGGCAUUUGAAGCUCUUGCCCAAUUAUCCGACUUGCGCCAUCUUUGUAUCCAAAUACCGAAUGAUCCCAAUGACAUGAUUUACUUUCUCAACACAAUCAAGAAGCGUAAAAGGAUGGUGUUGACAUCGCUGUUGUACCAAGGUUUAUGGCUAUCGAAUAUAAAAGUGAUACGAGCGAUUGUUGCAAUUCCUUCGUUACAAUGCCUAGCUUUGAGUGUACCAUCCAUGCAUGAGCACGUGCCAAGAAAUGAAAUGCUGGAAACGCUGCAGCUUUUACAAGGCGCUCCAUGCCUACAAUCACUUGCAUUCACCAACGUCAACGGGUUUGGUCCACACCGUGUAUGGAAAGAGAUUCGUGAUAUGCCCCAUCUUGAGCAGCUUUACAUUGUGACCUAUGCUGUUACUAGCAAAAAAGGCAUACGUCAUCUUGCUAAUCGUCAACCACCCUUAAAGGCACUCGUCAUUAUGGAAUCAUCCGAUGAUUGCUAUCACCGCGAACGUGACAAUGAUUUAUUGCAAACUUUGGAAUAUGCAAGGACCAAAAUCAAGAUCGUGCGUGGCGAACAUGAUUGUGGAAAAUGCUGUCAACCUCGAACAAAUAAAGAAGCACGCAUGUAUGGGCUGUAA